AUGUCGAUAAAGCAUCGCAAGACAGAAGCUGCCUUGUCGUCCAAGUCAAACAAGGAGACCGAGCAAGCUCUGCAAUUGUUAUGGAAGGAGUCGGGAGUCAAGGAUUACGUGUUGAAGUACAACUUGACAACGAAGGAAAGAAUCAGCAGAGCUCCCUCCAAGGGGAAAUCCUCGACCCAGACGGUUUAUUCUGACAGGGAAGAAGCGACGAAGGGGACAACUGCAGGAAAGUUCUGCAAGGUCGACAAGGAAGCUACGUAUGAAGCCAUUCAAUCCACGUGGAUCAAUCGCGCGAAGAGAGAUGUCGUGUCGGUGUGCGAGACCAUCAAUCAGCUGUUGGACCACCCGAUCAUGUCGAGUGAAGAUCAGAAAGCUGUCAUCUUGAUACAGAAGUGCGUCAGGGGCUGGUUGCUGCGGACAAGGCGAGCGAGAGGGGAGCUGUUUCCUGUCGAGGAGCAGGCCAUGGCAGACAGCCGCGUCAUGCUCUCCAUCUAUGGAGCCAAGGUUUUCUCACUGGCACCCAGAGAGAGGAGGAUGCUGGUGGUGGAGCACUUCGCUUCAAGGAAAAUCGUCAGGGCUCUCCGAAAGUUCUGUGCUGCCAUAAGUAAGAGGAACAAGUGUUCUUCUGCUGAGAUCUCUGCCGCCAUCAAGAUACAGAAAACUCUUCGCGGCCACUGGUCGAGGAAGUUCGUCAGAUUGAACAAGCGGCAUCUCACCCGCGCUACUUCUUUCCUCGAGUUCCGGGCCAGCGAGUUCACCUCCAUCUCAAGAGACUAUCUCAACAGGCUCUUUCGAUGCCCUCCCGCUCCCCCCCGGCUGACCAGCUGCAGGUUACAAGCCCUUGCUGCUUGUCGCUUGCAGACGUCGAUACGACGACACUCGGCUGUCCAGACUAUCGACAAGGAAAGGAGAAGGAGAGCAGCAGCCAUCACGAUCCUCCAGUCUCAGACUCGAGCUCACAUCGCAAGAAGCUCUUACGACAAGACGUUGUGCAAUCAGCUGACUCGGCGAAUCCUGAGACAUUGGAACAAGAUCAUGUGGACAAUGUGUUCUCCCGAGAGGUAUCUGGUGCGAGAGGCGAAGCGAAUGGGGAAGGCGGCGGUGGACGACAGCAUGAUUGCCACAUGCAUGGGAGAAGUCCGUCGGUCCCUCUGGCUCAACGACUCCGUCGACCAGUCGCUUGUCAACGACCAGCCGAACCAGCUGCUGUCUGCCUGCGGACUCCAGGUGGUGGAGGUAACAGCGGACGCCCACAGAGCAGAUGACGUCAGCGUGCGCACGUCCUGGAAGAUCCUGCCGACACAGGAUGACGAGGAGAUCAUCCUUGGCGGGAAGGGAGAAGAGGAGGCAACAGCAGGCUCGGAGCAGCAGCAGCAGCAGCAGCAGCAGCAGCAGCAAGUCUCGAGGUCCCCCCGGCUCGUCUGCGACAUCGAGAAGGAUUAUGAUGAAGCACAAGUUUGCAUGGACACGAGCGUCUUCUUCGAAGCCAUUCUAGCCGAAAGGAAGGCCAUCAUCUUGCAAUCCUCCUACCGAUGCCACCAGGCGAGGGCGAGGAAGAGACUCUGGCAGCAAGAGCGAGGAGCAGCAGCUGCUCGUUCGUCCUCCCUGGUGUACCGCUCCUCCUCCAGUCCCAACAGAAGCCAAGUCGACUCGAGCCAGCUCGAGGUCUCUUCUCCCAUCAUGCGGAGCCCGUCCAGCAGGAGCCCGACUAACCGCGGCCUCUCCCGUGCGCAAUCUCGAGAAGUUCUUGCGGAGUGGAAGAAAGGCAUCGAGGAGAAGGUCUCGACCAUCCAUGAGCAGCUCACUGACUCGGCAAGAAAGCGCUUCCUUUCCAAGUCUCCUCCUGCCUCGCGGAUGGACGUAGAGACGGCGCUGCUGCUCUCUCCCGACAACAAGGGAGGAGGGCAGCACGUCUUGUUGAUGUCUCCUCAAGCAGCACCCAAGAAGCUCAUGUCGUUGCCUCAUCUCCCUUCUCCUCCUCACUGA